AUGUCGACCAACGAGGAUCAGAACACGACCGCCAACACGGCCAACCAGGCCGCGAAUGGCGGUACUUCUUCCCAAAAUAUCGAAAAGAUCACUCAGGGCAUGACCAACGAGGAAAAGAUCAGAGCUCAACAUGCUGCUCGCUUCGGCUAUGGACCUCUGGCUCAUAUGCGCACGGACGAGAGUGCCAUCCUACCAGCUUUCGGCGGUGAAUUCCAACCUGGUCUCUACAAGGGAGUUUCCGACCGCAAAUUCGCCAACCCGGCGCCUCUCGGUCUGUCCGCGUUCGCCUUGACCACAUUCGUCCUCAGUUUGAUUAAUUUGGGAACUCGAGGUCUUGAUGUGCCAAACAUUAUUAUUUCCCUGGCGUUUGGUUAUGGUGGUCUUGUCCAGCUUUGUGCGGGCAUGUGGGAAAUGGCCGUUGGUAACACUUUCGGUGCGACGGCCCUGUCUUCCUAUGGCGGUUUCUGGAUCUCUUUUGCCAUCAUCCUUACUCCAGGCGGCUUCCAAAUCGAAUCGACCAUUGAGGAUACCGCCGGUACCAAGGCUCUCUUGGACUCACUAGGAUUCUACUUGAUGGGCUGGUUCAUCUUCACCACGAUCCUCCUCUUCUGCACACUGAAGUCCACGGUGGCAUUCUUCAUGCUCUUCUUCACUCUCGACUUGGCCUUCCUUUUGCUCGGCAUUGCCUACCUCCAACCCAGCAAUGGAGCACCAAACACAGGUUGCCUGCGUGCCGGAGGUGCGUUUGGCAUCAUCGCCGCCUUUUUUGCCUGGUAUAACGCUCUCGCCGGUAUCGCCGAUACUUCCAACAGUUUCUUCAUCAUCCCUGUUGCUCACUUCCCUUGGUCGGAGAAGGGCAAGGAGGCGCGCUCCGCACUCAAGAACGAUCACACUGCAUAA